CUCCUCUUCCAACAGUGGAUUACCCGACACUCGCCCACUAUGAGCUACAGCAACAAUAGCAGUUAUGCUCGACAUCAUGUUUCUACAAUCGCAUCUGAAAUCAUGUCGCUCUAUGGGGCUGGAAGCAAGCCUUUGCCUCUACGCAAGGAAAUGAUGGAGUGCUACCACUGCGUGAAGCCACUCGGAAAAGCCGGCAAGCUCAUGCAAUGCGGCCGUUGCAAGUGGGAUAUCUACUGCAGUAAACAAUGUCAGAGAAACGCUUGGCCAACACACAGGCCAAGAUGUGACAAUGUGGCGCACAUGGACGAUCUGAACGCGGAACGCAUGCAUUCUCUCGUCCUGUUCAAGAGACGCCAUCUGCCCACAGUCACCGUUCUCGGUCCCUCCGUACUCGAGAUCUACGAGAUGCCUAUCGUCACCAAACAUGCGGCCUUACUUUUAUGCCUGGACUCGCACCCGGAGAGGCGGCGUGAAGUCUCCUACUCUGUGACAGACAUUUGCCUAUACGGCCUCGACAAACUCCCCGGGACAGUGCUCCAUCCGGAGGAAGUGGGCAGGAUCCGUGCGAGGUUGGCGUUGGCGGACGAGAGAUUGAAGGCAACGGGUCACGGAGGCGCAUUCUUGGCGAUUAUGUGGUGUCCCGACCUGGGAAUGGCCCAAGUGGAGCUUAUGGACUAUAUGAAAGACAAGUUCCCGCCUUUGAGUCUCAUGCCGGGCACGCGUGCGGAGCGGAAGCAACUGUUAAUGGAUGUGAUCAAUUCUGACCAGGUUUUUUGAAUCACCUGGAGUCUGAUGCGCCAUUCGUGUCUCCCAUUACUGUGUGCUUAUUAAUGUUAUUGCGCUUUCACGCUUGUAGCAAUG